AGCACCAGCAGAGACCUAGGGGUUGGGUCUGGGGUGCAGAGCUGCGCCUGGGGAGCUGCCAGUGACCCCUCCCCCACACCAGGAGCUGGACCCCACUCUUCCGGUCCCUUCCCUGCUGGGGACAGUCUCAGCAAGGGCCCUGGGCUCUGGAGGCCUUUAGGGCAGGGAGUGGGGCAAUGAGAGUGUCCCCUGCACUGUGCCCACAGACUCAGCUGUGCCAUGGCAAGCCCCCUGGAGAAGGCGCUGGACACGAUGGUGUCCACCUUCCACAAGUACUCGGGCAAGGAAGGCGACAAGUUCAAGCUCAACAAGUCGGAGCUGAAGGAGCUGCUGAGCCGGGAGCUGCCCAGCUUCGUGGGGAAACGGACAGAUGAGGCGGCCUUCCAGAAGCUGAUGAGCAACCUGGACAGCAACAGGGACAGCCAAGUGGACUUCCAGGAGUACUGCGUCUUCCUGUCCUGCAUCGCCAUGAUGUGCAACGAGUUCUUCGAGGGCUGCCCGGACAAGGAGCCCCGGAAGAAGUGAA